UUCCGGGUGUGUCAUGCUUUGUUACAAGCUUAAAAACCCUCAUAGUUUGGGCUGAUCACGGCAUUCAGCGACACUCAUUCAACCGACAAGAUGACCACUCUCAGUGUUAAGGACAAGGACACAGUCAAAGCCUUCUGGGCUCAAGUGUCUGGAAAGGCGGAGGAGAUCGGCACCGAUGCUGUGGCCAGGAUGCUUGUGGUGUACCCGCAGACCAAGACUUACUUCUCCCACUGGAAGGACCAGAGCCCCAACUCUCCCGCUGCGAGGAAGCACGGAGUGACUGUGAUGUUGGGAGUUGGAGAGGCUGUGGCCAAAAUCGACGACCUGAAAGCAGGUCUUGUGGGCCUCAGUGAGCUGCAUGCCUUCACUCUGCGUGUGGACCCUGCCAACUUCAAGAUUAUCUCCCACUGCAUCCUUGUGGUCAUGGCCACCAUGUUCCCCAACGAAUUCACCCCUGAGGUCCAUGUGUCUCUGGACAAAUUCCUGGCUGCUCUGGCUCUGGCCCUGUCUGAGAAGUACCGAUAAACAGCAGGAGAAGAAGACAGAGACUGCAGCACGAGCUAACU